AUGGAGUUGUGUGGAAUUAACCAACUGCAAAAUAGAAUAAAUGAACGAACACUGCAGGGUGUUGACUACUAUGACAUCCCAAGAUGUAAGGAUUGCCAAAUGGAGUGUAAUAGCAUUGUCUAUCAUGCUUAUAACUCAUAUGGUCAUGGGUUCAGUAAUGGCGCAUUAACUUGGCUGAAUAAGAAGAACAGAUCUUGGAGUAUACCGCACAUGAAAGCAAAUUUCUUGACGGUGAAUGUAUUUUUCCGUGAUAUGUCCUAUAUGGAAUAUGUGCAAGUGCAAGGGACAACUCUUACAGAGACUCUCAGUGAUAUCGGCGGCAAUAUGGGCUUGUUCCUCGGAAUGAGCGUAAUUACGGUAGUUGAAAUCUUGAUGUACUUCUCAAAAAUUGGUUGGAUUACAUUUUCUAGAAAGAGGAGAUAUUACAUGUAUCAAAAGAAGGCACAUGAAAAGGAGCACGAGAAACAACUGGAAGAAACAGUAACCGGUUUCAAAUUGUUCCGAAGUCGCAAAGAGGGAACUGAUAUGAGUAAUACAAGAGCGAGAAUUCGAGAACUUACAAAUAGAGUAGCUCCCGAGAUUACGGAACACAAGUCGUCAGUGACAUCGGAUAGGGAAGGUGAAGCUGCUAAUCGUCGAUCGCGAUUUAUGAGCGCUGAUAUGGGAUCGUUCUACAGCGACAAUCCUGAAAAGCGAGACAGCGUUGUGAGCUGA